AUAAUAAAUUAAGUAUGUGCGAAGAUACCAGCAAAGGUAUUAGCAAAACAAUGUGUGAACAUGAAGGAUCUGGAAAUCUAAUUUUCAAAUAUAAAGAUAUUAGCAAACUGAUUGUUGAAUACGAAGAUAUUAGCAAAUCGAUUAUCAAAUACGAAAGUACUAGCGAACUAAUUAUCAAAUAUAAAAGUACUAGCAAACUGAUUGUCAAAUGCGAAAAUAUUAAAGAAACGAUUUUUGAAUAUGAAAGCAUUGGUGAAACACUGUUUGAAUAUAAAAGUACUUUUGAUACAACUUUCAUGUGUGAAAGUAUAGAUAAAGUGAUUUAUAAAGGUAUUGCCGAUACAAGUUUUAAAUCUGAAAAUACUGGCAAGACAAUAUUUGAAUAUACAGAUGUG